CAAGCGGUGCUCACCCCUGACUUUUCUCCUCCUCCAAAGCCCUAAAGACCAAGACUGAAGAAUUAACAGUUGGACACCGGAAAGGCAUUCAGAGCUUUUGUGAAGCAAAUCGCAUACAGUUCAACGGUCGUCUCGGUAUUUUCCAACUCUUUCUGACCGUUAAUUUUCUGGGAAAACGCUUUCUCAUAGAAAAGCUAAUCCUACAGUGUGUUCUGGGAUUCGUCUUCUUCACUAUUUUGUUGGUCUUAUAAGUGAUUGAGCCGUAAUUCUUUAUAUAUUAUGGAGAAUUUAAGCGUUACGGAUGCUAGAUUGGAGAAUUUACAAGAAAGUGAUAAAUUGGAGGAUAAACUCCUUGAGGGUUUGGAAUCUUAUUUACAAGAUAUUAAUGAUCGGUUGACUAUUUCGAGGAUGGUGAGCGACUCUAUCAUAAAGGGCAUCGUUUCUGCAGUUAAACAAGAGGCAGAUGAGAAAAUUGCUCAGAAAGAAUUGGAGGUUGCUGGAUUGAAGGGUAUGCUACAUCUUUACCAUGUGGACGUGGAUGAAAAGGAAUUCUUGGGAUCUCCUUUGACAUGCCACAAGUCAAAAAGCUCAUGCCACCCCAGGACGUAUUAUAAAUUUUCAGACAAUUUUGUAGAGAAUGAUAGACUGAGAGAGUCUAUGGGAAGCCUUAGAAAUGUGGCUAAAUUUCAGAUCAAGAUGCUCAAGAAAGAGAUUGACCGAAUGAGAGGGUUUAGUUCCAUAAGAAGGAUUGGUUCGGGCUCUGAACAGCUGGGAUUGGGUGGUAUUCUUCAAGAUAAGGUAUCUGAAAGAGGGACUGAUGUCGAUGUAAUUCUUGAAGGUCUAAGAGCUACAAUAGACAAUGUCUACAUACAGGUGGAAGAUAUGUUUCAGUUGUCUAAGGUAUCACGCUGUGCAUGGGAGCAAGAGCAAGAGUUUCAGGCAGAAAUAGAAGGUAUGGUAAUUAAGAAUUGCAUUUGGAGUCUUCAAGAGGAGUUUGAAGAAAGAUUUUGGGAUCAAAAUGCUCGAUUUUGUCGUAAUGAAAGUGUAAAUUGGCUUGAAAAGAUCCAAGAGAUUUCAAGUUUGAGGCAGGAAUUGGAUGAAAUUUCUAAAUCACUGUCUGUUCAUGAGAUUGGGCAGCUAACUUCCCUUAUGUCCUUGGAGACUGGUGAGGAAUAUAAUAAUAACAAAAGGUCUGACCACUCCCACUGCAAAGUUUUAAGCAAUCAUGGUUCUGAUACAAAAAAUAAUACCCCAGAAAGUUCUGAUCCUGCCCAAUUAAAGCUCAUGUCAAAGGAUGAUUUGGUUUUUGAAAUGACCAAAAUGAGGAGAAAUCAUGAGUCUAAAGUGCAAGAGAUGACUGAAAAGUACUUUCUUCUCAAGCGGGAAUUAUUUAGGCUCAGGGAUGGGGGAUCAUCUUUGCCAUUGAAGAAGGAUAAGGAGUUUGACAUGUUAAAGACAAAAAUUCCCCAUUUCAUUUCUAGGUUGGAUGGCAUUCUUGUGGAGAAUGAGGCACUAAAUGCAUUGGGUGAAAAUGCUGACAAUAUUGGCUGUUUGAAGGACAGACUUGAAUCCCUUGUUUCAGAAAAUCGCCGCCUUAGAGAUUCACUUUCCAAUAAGAACAAGGAAGUCAUGUGCCUCACAUCACAAGUUUCUGAUGCUGAAGAUAAAAUGUCAUACCGCCAUCUUGUCGAGGCAAAUUUGUUAGAUGCACAUAUUAAACAUUCAAUUAGCGAAGAUGUCUAUAAAUGUGCUCUUAGGGAGUUAAUGUGCCAAAUUAAAUGGGUCACUGAAGAGUCAGAUUUACAGUGUAACAUCCUGCAGGAUAUUUAUAAAAAAAUUUUCAAUGAAGCGAUUCGUGGUGAUGAACUUUCAAGUAAGUAUGAAAUUGAAGACUCGGAUGUGGAGUCAAUUAUCACACAGGCAUUGUGUGGAAUUAUAUACAUAGAAGCAUUGAAGGAUGCUGAAGAGAAAGUCAGUUGCCUGAACACAAAAUAUGUUAACGAGAAUAAAAAGAUACACUCUCUAGCAGCAUCACUAGAAGAGAAGUCGGAGUUAUUGCAGGAAACAAUGGCUGCAUUGGCAAAAGAGAAGGAGCAAUUUGAGUUAGCUUCUCAAGAGCUUGAUAAAUUAAGGGAUCUGACACAUCGACAGCAGAUGUUGUUUUUGGAGACAAGUAAAGAGUCCAAUGUCAUGAAGGGUAAUCUGGCCGAGGCAUUAGAGAAGAUCACACAAUAUAAGGCGAAGAUGUGUGAGUUAAAUCAGAAGCUUGAACGAGCAAUGGAAGAAUUGAGGGGAGCUGAUGAAGAGAGAAAGAUGCUCAAUGCCAUCAACCAAGAGAAGGAGAAGGCUUUAUCAUUGGUCGAAGUCAAAGAAAGGGAGAAUCAGAUGCAAAUGGAAUCAAUAAUUGUUCUAGUCCAGGGAUUGUUGACAGCAGUUCUUGGUUUUGAAUGUAGAGUUACAGAAAAUAUAUCAAAUAUCAGUCUGAGAUUGGAAAAUUUGAUUUCUGAGUCGCAUUUGCUUAUCCCGAAGGCUAAUUUACUCCAAAGAACAGGGUUGUUGUACAAGCAGCGGCUUGAGAGGAGAUGUUCUGACCUUGAAAAGGCCGAAGUUGAGGUUGAUCUUUUGGGUGAUGAAGUUGAUGCUCUUUCAAGCCUUCUAGAAAAAAUAUACAUUGGACUUGAUCAUUAUUCACCAAUUUUGCAGCAUUAUCCUGGAAUUAUUGAGAUCCUGAAGCUGGUAAAAAGACAACUGAGUGGAGAAUCUGCUAAAUCAGUUUGAUUUGUUCUUUCACUAGAUGCAAGGCCGCAUUAUUCAUUUUGAUCCUUGCUGCUGCAUCUGUAGAUACUGCAGGAUUUUGUUGGGAGUCAUUGGCAAACAUCAAUUACUGCUAUUACAACAGCUAAACGAUACGGCUAAAAUUUAAGCCGAAAAGAUCUAUACCUAGUUGGGGAUGUCCAGUGAGUACUUUUACAGGAUAUUGGGGAAGAUACGUAGAAGAGAUGCCACAUAGUUUUUUUCUUUUUGGGUGGAGAUGGAGGAUAAGUAACAUAGCACAUAAUUGCAGUAGUAUUGGCAGGGAAACUUGGAGAAGAACUUGAGUUUCGUUAUAGACUUGUCAAAAUAUUCUUUUUGGCCUUGGAGCAGCAUAUAUAGAAUGUUGCCUGAUAUCAGGUUACUAGAUUUAGGUCGUUUUGUUUAUAGUAACUGUUCUUUUGUUCCACUUUGGCCCAUAUUUUAUACAGGCUCUUCCUCCUGGUUUUGUUUAUAUAAAGUAAUGUGUAUGAAUCUUCUUUUAUCUAGAGGAUAAACUCUGUUUUGAGAAA